CGCCUUUGACAUGCCAUGACUUCUGGACAUUACGAGGCCAUUGCCACGUACUACCCAAGGCUUUUUACAGCUGGUGUUUGCUGGGCGCUUGAUUUGUUUUUAAGGUCUGUUUCACGGCUGUGGCACAGUGCUCCCAGCAGUCCCUUCACGAGACCUGGAUCUCCUGAGGACGAUCAGCAGCACCGCUUCCCUGCCAGCACACCCGGCACGCGCUUUCUGGGCGCGAGGAGGGGAUUUGAUCCCCACCUCCCCACCGGAACGGGGUUCUUCGCACCACCGACCGUUACCACGGCGUUACGCACGCGGGAGGCGCCUCAGCGCCCCGCCCUCCCGGUCGCACCGCCGCCGCUCGGCCCGCAGAUGGCGCCAGACCUCGGCUGCUGGCACCGACCCCGCGCACGCAUCCGCCCGCACACGCCCGCAGCCGCUGACGGAGCCCGGCGGGGGCUGCCGGUUCUCCCACCCGCCGCCUCUCCGACCGCCGCCCGAGCAGCGGCAGCCGCGCGAAGAAGAGGAGGCGGCGGCGGAGCGCGGAGCUCCGUCCGACAGCAGCGCGCGGAGAUGUCGGGGAUGCUGGUCAUCGCUGCCUGGUGCUUCCUGCAAGUGGAGAGCCGGCAUCCUGAGAUCGUCACGGGGAGCAGCAAUCACGGCAAUUUCCUGGACAAUGACAAAUGGCUGAGCACCGUUUCGCAGUACGAUAAAGACAAGUACUGGAACAAAUUCAGGGAUGAUGAUUAUGUCAGAAACUGGAAUCCAAACAAGCCUUUUGAUCAAGCUCUUGAUCCAUCCAAAGAUCCGUGUUUGAAGGUGAAGUGCAGCCCACAUAAAGUGUGUGUCACUCAUGACUAUGAAACUGCCACUUGUGUAAGCCGCAAGCAGCUGGUACACAGCAUUCGACAAAAGAAAGGGAACUUAGCUCAGAAGCACUGGGCUGGACCAGCUAACAUGGUGAAAUGCAAGCCAUGCCCCACUGUGCAUGCCAGCCCUGUCUGCGGCUCCGAUGGACAUACAUACACUACCAAGUGCAAGUUGGAAUUUCAUGCGUGUACUUCUGGCAAAACCAUCACAGCUCGAUGCGAAGGGCCCUGCCCAUGCCUCCCAGGGCCUGAGGGUCCAAAGCACAAGACAGAAAAGACAGCUUGCACUGACAAGGAAUUGAGGAGUCUUGCUUCGCGACUUAAAGACUGGUUCGGUGCUCUUCAUGAGGAUGCAAACCGUGUCAUCAAGCCAACAAGCUCGGAAACAGCACAAGGCAGAUUUGACACCAGCAUCCUUCCAAUCUGUAAGGAUUCCUUAGGCUGGAUGUUCAACAAACUUGACAUGAACUACGACCUGCUGCUGGAUCCCUCAGAGAUCAGUGCCAUUUAUCUGGAUAAGUAUGAGCCAUGCGUCAAACCUCUCUUCAACUCCUGUGACUCCUUCAAAGAUGGAAAGCUUUCCAACAAUGAGUGGUGUUACUGCUUCCAGAAGCCAGGUGGUCUUCCUUGCCAAAAUGAAAUGAAUAGAAUUCAAAAGCUCAGUAGAGGGAAGAGUCUGCUGGGUGCUUUCAUCCCCCGGUGCAAUGAGGAAGGUUAUUACAAAGCCACUCAGUGCCACGGCAGCACAGGGCAGUGCUGGUGUGUUGAUAAGUAUGGCAAUGAGAUAGCUGGCUCGAGAAAGCAGGGGACGGUUAGUUGUGAAGAGGAGCAAGAAACCUCAGGGGAUUUUGGCAGCGGUGGAUCUGUUGUGUUGCUGGAUGAUUUGGAAGAGGAACCUGAAGCAACAAAAAAAGACAAAGAAGGGAAACUGAAGAUUCACGUAAGAGCAGCUAAUGAAGAUGAUGAAGAUGAAGAUGAUGAUAAGGAUGAUGAAAUUGGUUAUAUAUGGUAGUGCCCAUUGUUCAGAGGACUCACGUUUUGCACAAUAUUGCAAGUCAUAUCGUAUCUCUGCAAUUGUAUCUGAGAGUACCUGGCACAAAUAUUCCCUCUCUACUGAGUUUAAUUUUGUAUAGUCUAUUUAAUUUAGAAGACAGCUUUUUUUUUUCUUUUUUUUUCUUUUUUCUCCAGCAGCAACUGUUUGGAAUCCAGCUUUCGUUCUGUUGGUUUGGGAGAUUUUUGUUGUAUCCACAGGGGCAAUGAGUUUUGUUCCAAAAACAUUUCAUGUCUUAAUCCUCAGUUGCACAGCUUAUGACACGCAUCUCGUGAAAGAAGAAUCACAGAAGGGCUCAGCAAACUGGUACAAGGCUUAGAAACCCAUCAGAUGUUAUCACAGACAGUUUGUAUCAUAAAUUGCUAUCUGGAUCAUAUCAGAAACGAUCUUUCCUUUCAUGGGAAAGGAAGAGGAGGUGUCUCUUUCUCUACUCAGUAUUUAUUGCACUCCAGUUGAUUAAAUACCUUUGGUAGUGAUUUCUGGCUCCCCAGAACCAGGGGUUUAAUCCAGAAAGAAACCCAUUGGUGGGAUUUUAUUUUCCUUACGUUCUUUGCGAAAGCAUCUGAGAGGUUUAGUCCAACCUUACUGAAGAACAAAACUCCCACCAGAGCGCAGAUCAACUCUCUGCCACUCUUACUGGGUUAAGUAUCACAGCCCUGAUCUUCAGAGCUGCUGAGAACCUGCAGCUAUCACAAAUCAAGCCCUAGAGGCAGGGAACAGCAUCCAUCUGCCUUCCCAAAUAAUGGAGGAGAGAGAUCUUGAUCAGUUUGCAGCAUCACAACCACUUCCAUAGCUAUUCCAUAGCAGCUGGCUGAACUCUUUUGCACUCAGUGUUGCACUAGCAUCAUGCAGGCUCACACAUCACUAGGCUGCCUGGUAAGCAAUCCCUCACUGCAAGGCUCUACAGCUUUCAAAGCCACUCACCAUCAAAAGUAAUAAGCUGCCAUUUCUUUAAUUUAAAUAGUUAAUAUGUAUUUGGCCUGUUCUAAAAAGCAACUUGAUGUGGGAGCGCUUCAAAAGCAUAACUCCUGCUCAGCAUGACAGGCUGCACGCUCCUGACACGCACAUACAAAAAGAAUAAUAUUAAAAUGCAAUUUGUGCUCCCCUCAACAUCAGCCAUGUAUUUAUAGCUCUACAAUUGUAUCACAGCACACUGACAUUAAAUUAUUUGCUGUGUCCUUUCCCGUGGUAGUUCUCUGAUGCAGGAACAUACAGCAGUGACCUUUCAUUAUUUUUGCUUUAAGUGGACUGAGCCAAGGAGAGCACUGUGCAUCCACACACAAACUGGUGGUGGAGUUGGUGCUGUUUUUUGAAGAAAAACUCAUAGGAACAAAUUUACCUUCAGCUUACUCUCCCCUCUCCCCCAUGGUCUCAUGGGGGACCAUGCUAACACAUUUUUCUACAUUCCUGUGCCCCUUUGCAAUGGCUUUUCCAGCCACUUGCAUCACUGCAGAGGGCACACAGUCCAUCCCUUCUGUCCACACCUCACCAGGGCACAGCCUGUCCAACCGAACCCUCACAAGGAAUGGCAGGAUCAAGCUUGCAGCCCUCCUGGUUCUUGUACAAAAUCUGCAACUGUUUAAAUGAAAGCUAUUAAAUAAGGCUUUGUAAAAAAAAUGUAGACAUCCUUCAGUUCACAUGAGCAGAGAUGCCACUAGCAUCCAAUUCUCAUCCUCACUAAGCCUGUCCUAGCUGUAAUCGUGCACAUGUGACCAUUCCAAAUCCCCAUUGGAAAAAUACACUUUUAUUAUGGACUAUUUCAGAAGGCUGCAGCUAUAACAGUUUAAAGAAAAUAAUAUCAAAUAAUGGGGCAGGGCCUCACCAGGAAGGCACCAGGCAGAUUUCUGUGCUUUGAAUGGCAGUUCAGACUGCAUUUUGCCUCAAAUGGCAUGAAGCUGUUUAACAAAACCCUGCUGAAAUCCACCAGCGCUGUGCAGUGUUUGGGGGACCUGUAGUUUAUAUAUACUUACACGUGUAUAUUGAAACAAUAACUCUAAGAAGAUGUUUUAUUUCUUUAAAAUAAAAACAGCCAAGAAAUCUAAAAAGAACCAAUCCUUUGUCAGACCAAGCCAUUUUCUUCUUCAUGCUUUGUGAAGGAUUUAAUUUGCUCGCAGCUUAAUUUAAUUCCUUUCUUUUUUUUCUUCUUCCCAAAGCAGAACUUCCCAUCUGCAUCAAGUCAUUGACCUUUCAAACAUUUUCUCAUUGUGAAAAAUGGAAUCCAAGUUGCCCCAUUCUUUUAGAGAGACAAACCAAUUUUUAAUCUCAUUUUCUUUCAUAUUAGGGACUAUGAAAUACUGUUAGGCAUUGCUUUAUGGUUCAAGGUGUCCUUUUAACUACCGUGGUUAAAUCAAAAUCUCCUUGAGUUCAGAUUUCAGCACAGUUGGGUUUUUGGGUCAUUACUGGCCUUUGCUGUGAACACAAAGAAUCCUUUUCUUUAUCUUUUUUUUCCAAGCUAUUCCAUACUGUUACUUUAAACUGUUAGACUGUUUAUUUAAUAUUUAUUCUACAGUUUAUAUUGAAAAUGUAAAGUUUAUAUUUAAAAAUAACACUGUUUGUUAGUGAAUGCUUCUCCUUGCCUCUCCAGCCUAGUCUGUUAGUCUCAGUGUACAUUUCUGGCAUGGGAAUAUUUUGAUAUUAGAAGUUUUGUAGCAUUUUUCCCUUUGAGCAACAAAUGACAUAGAUCUGAGGUCAUCACUCGCUACAGACCACUGGCUCACCCAAGCUUAGCUUCCUCCAUUUGUUGGCUUUUAUUGCAGCCCCUUCUGUAUGCCAUUCAGGUUCCUUUAACACAUAGACUGCUUUGUACAGUUACUAUACAUCAGAAAGCCCUUUCUACAGUAGGUGGUUUUUGGUCUUUUUAUACUUUUCUCAAUGCCGUUGAUGUCUGUUACUGUUUAAUGUGUAGAUCUGUAAGAAGAGAUCCAAAUAUUACGUGUUUCAGUUUGAUGUCCCUACUGUAGAUGGAUGUAGGCUACCAUAGUAAGUAGAACUGCAUAGUAAAUUCUGAAUGCUUUUUCCAUAAGGAGUUAAGUGGAAUGUGAACAUUUUGCUAUCUUUCUUUGGUUAACUGUAAAUGCUUAACUGUAGUCUGGAAUAGUUGCAUUUUUGUCUGUCUCAAUAAAUUUUAAUUUGUCCGCGA